GUUUAUGAACCAUUGUUAAUGAACGUCAUAAUAAUGUUAUUAGUGAAAUUGUUUUUUAUCGUGUUCGUUUUCUACCAAACAGUGGAAACGAAGGCAUCUCUACUAGAUGUUAGUAACCUGGAUGAAGAUGAAUUGAUUGUAACGUUGUUAAAGCCCUCAAGCAAGAUUCGCGGACACAGAUUAAUGACUCGAUUGGGACAAGACUACUAUGCUUUCCAAGAUAUUCCUUAUGCUCAAGCACCAAUUGGUAAAAAUCGCUUUAAGCCAGCAAUUGCGUCAGAGGGAUGGCCAGAUAUACUUGACGCAACUAGUAAUAAAAAGAAAUGUUUUCAGCCCGGAUCACCAGUUCCAUUUGAUACACUAAUAGAAACUGAAGAUUGUUUACUUGUGAAUGUAUAUACACCUGUGAAACCUGGCACUCGCCCUUAUUUGCCUGUUUAUUUUUGGAUUCAUGGAGGAGGUUUUAAUACAGGUAACGGAGCAAUUGGCACAUUGGAUCCCAGAAAUUUUAUGGACUAUGACGUAAUAGUUGUAACAAUUAAUUACAGGUUGGGAGUGCUAGGUUUUCUAUCAACCGAUGACGAAAGUAUUCCUGGAAAUUUGGGGUUAAAAGAUCAACAAUUUGCUCUAAAAUGGACUUACGAUAAUAUAAAAGCUUUUGGUGGUGAUCCGAAAAAAAUCACUAUAGGGGGUGAAAGUGCAGGAGCUUCAUCAGUUAGCUAUCAUCUAUUGCAUACUGGAAAUAAGGAUUUGAUUAAAGGCAUUAUACAAGAAAGCGGUUCCGCUCUUAACACAUUUGCAUACCAGAUUAAUUGUACAGAGAAUGCCUUUACAUAUGCUAGGCUUCUUGACCAAACUUUUGCCUCAAAUAGCUCUCAAGAUUUGCUAGAACUUCUACAAAAAACUCCAGCAGAAACUUUAAUAGAAACUCAGUCUAAUAUGCAUUCGGGAGAACUAUUAGGUUUUAUGAGUGGUGAUUAUUGGAAACCAAUUAUUGAAAGUGACAGUAACACUGAUGCAUACGUAACUGGACCCAUGCAAGAAAAUUUUAUGCAGGGAAAUUUUCUUAGGGUUCCCUCAUUUGUCGGUUUUAACUCAGAGGAAUCAUUAACAUUCUUAAUGGCAGCGACUGAGGAUCAAUAUGAGAAAAGUGUGAAACAAUUUGAUGAGCACCCCGAACUUAUGAUAUCGAAUAAGUUAAAUACUAUUGGAAAUGAAGUAAAAGAUGUAGUUCACGAUUGGAAGAAAAUCUACACUGAUGUACCAUUUGCACAAAACAAGGCUGCAUUUGUAAAAUAUAGUAGUGAUGCUGGUUAUAUUCAUCCCUUAACACGGCAAGCAGAGCUGACCUCACAAUUCGCUCCCGUUUAUAUGUACCAAUUUGCGUAUGGAGAGCCAUUCUUGAAUGUAUCAGGUACGGAGCACGUUGGACACGCAGAGGAGUUAAUGUACUUAUGGAAUUUGCCAUUUCUUCCUGUUGGGAUUGAUGAACAAUUUCGUACCAUUCUUAUAAAGUUUUGGACAAACUUCAUUACAUACCAAAACCCUACACCUCAUUAUGAUGACAUUAUUUACUGGCCUAAAGUUGAUCCAGAAAAUUUAGAAUAUCUAAAUAUCAAUGAAACCUUAGAGAUAAGAACUGGUCCAAGAAACUAUCUGGAAGUAAAAAAUAUACGAGAGAGAUGUAUAAUAGAACCUUAUACAAUAUAUUAAAUUUCAAGAUUGUAAAUAUAAUGUACCUAUUCUA